AUGAUACGAUUUAUUCAACGUUUACUUAAAUAUACAUCAAUAAAACAUAUUGAUUAUCAAUUAUUAAUUGAUUCAUUGGAGUUUCUCGCUGUACAUCAUGAUUAUAUAGAAAAAUUUCAAGUUAUUGAACUUCAACAAGAAUUAACAACAAUACAACUACAUUUAAGUCGUUUUCUUUUCUCCGAUUGUCUUGAAUAUAUGUGA